AUGAACCGCUGGUCCAGUUACCUGCUGGGAUGGGCGGCCUUCCUCCUCUACUCCUAUGAGACAAAAUCAGCGAUUCCUAGCUUGAGGUCACCGGGCAAGCACGAGUUCAUGAAACCCCAGAUUUAUAUUAAAAAGGUAUGUAUUUAUCAGGAUAACAAAGAUACAUGUGUCUUUCCCUUCAUCUACUAGGGGUCGACUUACUUCUCUUGCACCAGAAUCAAUAUCUUCUCCCCUUGGUGUGCAAUCAGAGUGGUUUAUAAUGGACAAUGGAAGAACUGCAUGGUGGAAGUUUACCCACGAUGCAUCGUCUUCCUCUUCAUCUAUCGAAGAAAGUCCUAGAACAACUGCAUCAUGGAGGGCAGCUUCCGGAAAGUGUGGUGCUCAGUCUCCUUCAGCUUUGAUGAGAAGAGGCAGUGGAAAUACUGUGAGGUGACCGAGUAUGGGGGAAAUUCCUUCAGCAAGUCUUGCAUCUUCCCCUCCGUCUACAGAAAUAAUGCGGUCUCUGAAUGCAUCGAGGACGAAAGCAACAAGCUGUGGUGUCCAACCACCGAGAACACGGGCAAGGACGGAAAGUGGAGUCUCUGUGCCGACACCAGUAAUCUGGGGAAGGGGACUGGCUGGGCCUGGACAGAGGGGGAGCCCUGA